AAAACUCAAAUGAAUUCGCCUUGCAGAGUUCGUUUACAGACUGAUGGCAUUGAGCCUAUUCCUCCUACCAAUGUUACCAUUUACGAAAAGCAUCCAAGCGCUGUUUUCGGCCGCGAAAUAGCCACCUCAGGCCCUUAUACCAAUGUUGUUCAGGGAGUUGCUACGGGAGAUACGGUUUUGACACAAAAUGCGUAUGGUUAUGUGAUAGUAUUUGCUACUCACCAAAAGGACGUUGCAGGGAAAUUUAUAUCGUUUGUGUAUAGCGAUAGACCAGUCAACGUUCGACCGGACAAGAUCACUCCUAUGUAAAAAUAAAAAAUUUACCCAUUGUCCCUUACAAUAUUCA